AUGGCCGGCAGAAAGGUGAAUUUGCGCGGCCCCAAAGACGAAGUUGAACGGAAGCCGAAGCCGAACCCGAAAACCAGAGGGGGCCUGGAUGCACUUGCCAUUGCAGAGGACCAAUUUCCUACGAAACCAAAAAUCCGGCAACAUCGCCUUGGAGAAGUCGAUGAUUUUUCGAAGCGUAAACGUCCGGGACAAGAUGGAGAAGGUCCGAAUACAAAACGGCGGAGAACAGGGAACGAAAACUCGGACGACAGCGAAAAUGUCGGAAGUGACAGCGAAGGUCAUGAGUGGAAGAUAGGAGAGGUCGACAGUGAAGAUGACAGUGAAUUGGAUAGUGAUGAGGCCAUGGGUUCAAGCGACGAAGAGCGUUUCGAGGGAUUUACCUUUCGCGGGAGCUCCUCGGGGAAAAAAUCGAAAGCCAAGAACGCUUCGGCCUCUACAAAACGAAGCAAGGAGAUAGAUUUGUCGGAAGAUGUUGACGAGGGAGAAUCUUCCCAGUACGACUCUGAAGAUGAUCUGGGAUCGGACGCGGUAGACCUCGCGACCGCUUGGGACAUGAAUGCUGAAGAGGACGAGGUUCCCGAUAAAUCUUCAAAAUCAAACAAGGAUAGCACCAAAAACAAGUCAAAUGCUAGUGACUCUGAGACAGAUGAGAGUGGCGAUGAUGAUGACGAGGACGACGACGACGACGACGACGACGACGACGAUGAUGAUGAUGAUGAUAAUGCUAGUGAGGAUACAGAUUUAUCUAUUUCCGAGGAUGACGGAGACCCCGAGACUCAAAGUGGGCUUUCAAAGCUUCAAGACUUUGUCAAUUCUAUGGAAACUACUACAGCCAGCAAAACGUCUCAAAAAGCCAAUCGAGGACCGGAGAGCGGGGUGCCUACAGAAUAUGGCUUAACUUCCUCACGGAAACUCACUGUCGCAGAUCUUCUACCCUCAGUAACCGAUUCUCGCUUGAAAAGCUCUCUGAAACAUCUAGAUUCAGCUACUCGAAAAACCAAAUCUUCCGGUGCGACUGGAAAACUAGCUGCGCCUCUUCCAAAAAGACAACAGGAUCGGCUCGAUCGAGCGGCCGCUUACGAGAAAAGCAAGGAGACAUUGGAUCGAUGGAUUGAGACUGUCAAGGCAAAUCGACGGGCUGACCACCUUUCCUUUCCUCUUCCUGAUCCCGAGGUGCAGCAACUGCCUAGGAUAGGACCAGUCAAGCCACAGACGGAUCUUGAAAGCACAAUACAAUCUAUCUUGGUGGAAAGUGGCCUUGCGGAAUCAAAUGAGAAGUCCGGAGAAGAGAAGAUCCAGGAGGCUGAAGAGCUGGAAACGAGAAAAAUGUCUCUUGAAGAAGUGCGAGCCCGUACUGCCGAGCUCCGCAAGCGUCGGGAGCUAUUAUUCAGAGAGGAAGUCCGUGCGAAAAGGAUCAAAAAGAUCAAGAGCAAGUCCUAUCGCCGAAUCCAUCGAAAAGAGCGUGAAAAGAUGGCACAAUUGGAAAGGCAAGCGCUUAUUGAAGCCGGUAUUGAUAUCGAUGCAGAAGAAAGAGAGCGGGCCGAUCGAGCAAGAGCCGAAGCUAGGAUGCGCUCCAAACACAAGGAGAGUAAAUGGGCGAAGAGCAUCAAGCAAACAGGUCGCGCUGCCUGGGAUGAGGAUGCCCGGCUUGGCAUGGCAGAGCUGGCACGAAGGGAAGAGGAAUUGCGGAGAAGAAUUGAAGGAAAGAGCGUUAACAACGCGGAUGAGGAUUUCCUUGGUUCAUCGAGCUCAGAGUCGGAGGAUGAGCAGGACCCAUGGGCCGAAGAUAACCCAGAGGCUGAGACUCGAAAGCUCCGUCAAGAGCUCGACGCCCUCGAAAGGGAAGAUGAUGCGACAAACAUAACUGGGCCACACUCGAAGCUCAUGUCGAUGAAGUUCAUGCAAAAUGCCGAAGCUGCCCGGAAAUUGCAGAAUGACGAGGAAAUCAAGAAGCUCCGGCGAGAAUUAGACGGCGAUCAUUCCGAACGUGAAGAAGAAGUCGAAGGCGGUCGCAAGAAAUUCGGCGCCUCGAAAGCAGAGAGUUCUGACCAACCCGUUGUCUCGCGUCCAAAGAAUGAGUUUGAAGAAGUUCCAUCGUCCGAAGAUGAAGAGCCGGGCAUUCCCGAGUCGAUUGCUCGUAAAGUUGAAACCGCCGCCAAACGUGCCGGUGAUCAGAAAGCCAGGCCGGCCGCACAACCUACGAUCUCAAGUGGCUCAAAGGCCACCAUCGAGAAAGAAGACGAUCCUCCAGAAGAGAAUCCUUGGCUGACCCAAACCACACGAAACAACCGUAAACGCAGCGCGGUAAAGACUGAUCAGUCCGUCAGUAUCUCAGUGAACGGCCAAGGUCAGGUCUCCACCGUUGACCAUAAAGCCGCUCCACCCAAGGACAGCUCACAUGACGAGGCAACAACUCAUCAACCUCAUCAGAAUGGCAAUCAGGAUGAUGAGCCUAGUGACAGUGAUGAUGACGCUCACGCCCCAAUCCUGCUGAAAAACCAUGAUCUUGUCAAGAAAGCGUUCGCUGGGGAUGAGGUCGUCGCAGACUUCGAGAAGGAGAAGCUUGAAACCAUUGAGGAAGAAGGGGACAAAGUCAUCGACAACACGUUGCCGGGAUGGGGUAGCUGGACCGGUGCAGGUAUCAGCAAGAAGCAGCAGAAGCGUCAGAAACGCUUCCUCACCACCGUGGAGGGAGUGAAGCCUGAGCAGCGCAGGGACGCAAAACUUGACCGCGUUAUCAUCAAUGAGAAGCGAAUCAAAAAGAACAUCAAGUAUCUCGCGACUCAGCUACCUCACCCAUACGAAUCAAAGCAGCAGUAUGAGAGGUCUCUUCGUCUCCCUAUAGGCCCCGAGUGGACCACCAAGGAAACCUUCCAGGACGCGACAAAGCCUCGUGUGAUGAUCAAGCAGGGUAUCAUCAAACCCCCGGAGAAGCCCUUGAUCUAA